CACACACACACACACACACACACACACACACACACACACACACACACACACACACACACACACACAGGUGCCGCGAGGAAUGUAGGAAUAGGAUGCAGGUGCGCUUGGACAGGAGGACUGCACCGGAGAAGAAAUAAACACAGUGGUGAAGGGAAAAGGCGCGUGUGACGAUGGCCGGUGCCCGGAGGGGGCUCGUGGCUCCUCAAAACACUUUUCUGGAGAAUAUAGUGAGAAGAUCAAACGAUACAAACUUUGUGCUGGGAAAUGCUCAGAUUGUGGACUGGCCCAUUGUCUACAGUAAUGAUGGAUUCUGCAAACUUUCAGGAUACCACCGUGCGGAGGUCAUGCAGAAGAGCAGCACCUGCAGUUUUAUGUAUGGUGAGCUCACAGACAGAGAAACAAUGGAGAAGGUGCGACUGACAUUUGAGAACUACGAGAUGAACUCAUUUGAGAUCCUAAUGUACAAAAAGAAUAGAACACCACUGUGGUUUUUUGUGAAAAUUGCUCCCAUACGGAAUGAACAGGAGAAGGUCGUACUUUUCCUUUGCACAUUUAAUGACAUCACAGCCUUUAAACAACCAAUUGAAGAUGAAUCCUGUAAAGGUUGGGGUAAAUUUGCACGUCUUACCAGAGCUCUGACCAGCAGUCGAGGUGUCCUGCAGCAGCUCCAGCCCACUGUCCACAAAGGAGAAAAUGUCCAUAAACAUUCCCGUCUGACUGAGGUAUUGCAGCUUGGCUCAGACAUCCUGCCUCAGUAUAAACAGGAGACGCCAAAGACACCACCGCACAUUAUCCUACACUACUGCACCUUUAAGACCACUUGGGACUGGGUCAUCCUUAUCCUCACCUUUUACACAGCCAUCAUGGUUCCCUACAAUGUCUCAUUCAAGACCAAGCAGAAUAAUGUGGCAUGGUUAGUGCUGGACAGUGUAGUGGAUGUCAUCUUCCUGGUGGACAUAGUACUCAAUUUCCACACUACAUUUGUGGGGCCAGCUGGUGAGGUCAUCUCUGACCCCAAGCUUAUUCGCAUGAACUAUCUGAAGACAUGGUUUGUCAUUGACCUGCUAUCCUGCCUACCAUAUGAUGUCAUCAAUGCCUUUGAGAACGUUGAUGAGGGCAUCAGCAGUUUGUUCAGUUCUUUGAAGGUGGUGCGUCUCCUGCGUCUGGGCCGAGUUGCACGUAAACUGGAUCAUUAUAUUGAAUAUGGUGCUGCUGUGCUCAUGCUUUUAGUGUGUGUGUUUGGUCUCGCUGCACACUGGCUUGCAUGCAUCUGGUACAGCAUCGGAGACUAUGAAGUCAUUAAUGAGGAUACAAAUGUGGUACGUAAGGACAGCUGGCUGUACAUGCUGGGUGAGACAGCAGGCACACCAUACCGCUUUAAUGCCACGGGCACGGGUAGAUGGGAGGGUGGUCCCAGCAAGGACUCGGUCUACAUUACCUCACUAUACUUCACCAUGACCAGUCUAACCAGCAUUGGCUUUGGCAACAUCGCACCCACCACUGAUGGAGAGAAAAUCUUCGCCGUGGCUAUGAUGAUGAUUGGAUCUCUCCUCUAUGCCACCAUCUUUGGUAACGUAACCACGAUAUUCCAGCAGAUGUACGCCAACACUAACCGAUAUCAUGAGAUGUUGAACAGUGUGCGAGAUUUCCUUAAACUCUACCAGGUCCCUAAAGGCCUGAGUGAGAGAGUGAUGGACUACAUCGCCUCCACAUGGUCCAUGUCUAGGGGCAUCGACACAGACAAGGUUCUGCAGAUCUGUCCUAAAGACAUGCGAGCUGAUAUCUGUGUGCACCUGAACAGGAAGGUGUUUAAGGAACAUCCCGCUUUUCGACUGGCCAGUGACGGUUGUCUCCGUGCGCUCGCCAUGGAGUUCCAGACCAUCCACUGUGCACCGGGGGACCUGAUUUACCAUGCAGGGGAGAGCGUUGACACUCUGUGCUUCGUCGUCUCUGGGUCACUUGAGGUCAUCCAGGAUGAUGAGGUUGUGGCCAUACUGGGAAAAGGCGACGUGUUUGGAGAUGUGUUCUGGAAGGAGGUGUCAUUAGCACAGUCAUGUGCUAAUGUGCGAGCACUAACAUAUUGUGACCUGCAUGUGAUUAAACGUGAUGCUCUUCAUAAAGUUCUGGAGUUUUACACACCGUUUUCCAACCACUUCUCACGCAACCUGCUGCUGACCUACAACCUCCGUAAACGAAUUGUGUUUAGGAAGAUCAGUGAUGUGAAGCAUGAGGAAGAGGAGCGGCGGAAGAGGAAGAAUGAGGCACCACUUGACCUACCCCCUGAUCAUCCAGUGCGUCGUUUGUUCCAGCGAUUUAGGCAACAAAAAGAGGCACGAAUAGCUGCAGAACGGAUCAGUCAUGAUGAGCUGGAUGUUGAGAAGGGCCAGGCCCACAAAGACAUCAUCACACCUGACCCUGUGGCCACCACUAGCAUUGUAACGGUCACCGAGAGCCCGGCCACGCCCACUCCCUCAAGUUCCAGGCCUAGUCAUGUGCGGAAAGCCUCAGACCGGGAAAAACUGCAAGCACCUAAUGCGCUUGGAAUUUUCCAGGCAUCAGAGUGCCGUGGCGCUCGGGGUUGGGCAAGAUUCAGGGAGAGCAGGGCUAAACCAGAAAGAUGGGCCAAUGUAGCUAAAGCUGAGUCAAUGGAAACUCUUCCUGAAUGUGGCUGCAAAUCACCUGAGCCCGGGAAUCUGAAAAAGACAGACUCUUAUGAUAGUGGCUUUACCAAGAGUGACCUGAGGCUGGAUGAAGGGGGUGGAACUGGAACACCUACAGACCGAAGUUUGGUCAGUCAACUGGACAAAAAUCCACCGGUCACUGUCCCGCCCAUCCCUGAAUAUGCACUUCACAGUGCGCUGCUCGAUCUGCGUGCUGAGCUUAGGAUCGAGUUAACAUCACUCGGAAACCGCAUUAGAGCACUCGAGUCACACUUAUGUGAAGUUUUGCAGCUGCUUCGCGACAGACACGCUUCAACAACACACACUCCUCCGUUAUUUGACAUUUCACGUCCCGCAUCACCCGAAUCGGACACAGAGGACAUCUUCUCCUAAAGGAAGCAAGGUUCACUCACAGAAGAAGUGAAAGUCUCUGUAAUGAGAGGAAUACCAGACAUUAUUAACAUUAUUGAUGAGAAAAUUGCAUUUUUACUAAAUAAAUGCUUCUUAAAUUUGAACCAAACACUUUAUUUUUUUAAUACGAUUAGCAGUGGAGAUGUAAUGCUGAUGUAGCAGUCAGUCACCCGAAAUCUUCAGUGUAAAUCACUUUUAGUCCACAUGACCACACUCACUUUGUCUGUGAUGUCACAUACACUACGUCCUCAGUUAUGUUAUAAAGCCCAAAGUCCUUUUCUUAGCGAUGUCACAGACAUGUUGAAGUUCACAUGGCUUCCUGUCAUCUAUAAACAUUAACUAGAUAAUGCUUUGUAGCUCAGUGGUGGAACACUGUAAUGGAGGAUUCUGGUGUGUGGUGUAUUUUCUUGUUGCCGUUCUGCUCCUAAACACAUUCAGAGCAAAUCUGUCCACAGAACACGACCAGAAUUAUGGUAGAUUGUGGUUUAAACUCAGUUCUGCUUUUCAUUGCUGCACAGUUUCAUUCUCAGAGUCCCAAGCUUCAAUACCAGUGCAGACACACACACACACACACACACACACACAGCUUGACAAGUUCUGAAUAAAGAUAAAUUCUAUAACUAA